CUAACGAUAUAAACCAAACCAAACCAAACCCCACACAACACAACAACACUUCUCUCGAAAACAACGACAACGAGAUGGGUCUCCAUCCAAUCGCCGACGCCGACGAACGCAACCCUUUUGGCUCCCUCUCCGCCGACGAAUUCUACGCGAAGCAUUCCGUCUCUCACUCCUCCGCCUUCAUCACCAACCCUCGCGGCCUCAAGCUCUUCACCCAGUGGUGGUCCCCACUCCCUCCAACUCCCCCCGUCGGCAUCGUCGCCGUCGUUCACGGCUUCACCGGCGAAUCCAGCUGGUUCCUCCAGCUCACGUCCAUCCUCUUCGCUAAAUCCGGCUUCAUCACCUGCGCGAUCGACCACCAGGGGCACGGAUUCUCCGACGGCCUCGUCGCUCACAUCCCCGACAUCAACCCCGUCGUCGACGACUGCAUCUCCUUCUUCGACGACUUCCGUAGCCGUCAGGAGACGCCGGAUCUCCCCUGUUUUCUCUACUCCGAGUCCUUAGGCGGCGCGAUCGCUCUCUACGUCUCGCUCCGCCAGAGAGGCGCGUGGGACGGGCUCGUCCUCAACGGCGCCAUGUGUGGGAUCAGCAGGAAGUUCAAGCCGCCGUGGCCGUUGGAGCAUUUGCUCUUCGUCGUGGCUAAUCUCAUCCCUACGUGGCGCGUAAUCCCCACGCGCGGCUCCAUCCCUGAUGUUUCGUUUAAGGAGCCGUGGAAGAGGAAGCUUGCGCUGGCUAGUCCUAGGAGGACGGUGGCGAGGCCACGCGCCGCCACGGCGUACGAGCUGAUUCGAAUUUGCAAUGAGUUGCAGGAGAAGUUCGAGGAAGUGGAUGUUCCGCUUCUGAUCGUGCACGGCGGAGGGGACGUUGUUUGUGAUCCGGCGUGUGUGGAGGAGCUUCAUCGGCGAGCAGCGAGCGAGGAUAAGACGAUCAAGAUCUACCCCGAGAUGUGGCAUCAGAUGGUUGGGGAAUCCGAGGAGAACGUUGAUUUGGUUUACGGUGAUAUACUGAAUUGGCUGAAGAGCCGAGCGGAAAGCGCUGCGGAGAGGAAACGGGAGGGACGCGCCGCCGUUGACGGUGGAGCUUAGUGUCAUUUGACUCCUUCGGGGUUAUGUUGUUGUCCAAUAGAGAAGCGCCAUCUGGCGAGUGCGGUUUAUUGCAUUGUUUUGUAGCAAAUGGUUUACGGUUAACAAUGGUCCAAUACACAUUUGGGCAUUAUUAAUCAUAAAAAUUCGUUUACAAAAAUGAAAAAUAAAUUGGGAAAACUAAUAACUAUG